AGAGGGCGCGCAAGACGCGGAAGGAAUACGUCAUUUUCGUGCGACUUUUGUAAAGUGACUUUGAAGCCAUGGCAUGGAAAUGUUUCUAAUUCAUUUACGUUUUUUGUCGUUUUUACUUUAAGAAAAAUUGGUAAAUAAAAUAUAGGUUUAAGUUCCCUUUGCACGAUGAACUCCAGCAACAGACUGUUUUGGAAUGCUCGGGCUCUGCUGACAAAAGCUUUCAUCCAAAGAGCAGUGCACGCCCCAACAACUGGAGAAGCACGGAUUGCACUAUUACUAAAAGAGAAGUUUCCUCAAGCCACAUCAUUAAAAGUUGUAGAUAUCUCAGGAGGCUGUGGAGCUAUGUAUGAAAUCCAUAUAGAAUCGGAAGAAUUCAAAGGGAAGAGAACGGUUCAGCAGCAUCAGCUAGUAAACCAGGCAUUAAAAGAAGAAAUUAAAUCAAUGCAUGGACUCAGAAUAUUUACCAGUACUCCCCAGCUACAACAAACAAAUUGAAUGUAUUCCCCAAACACUUGUGUCAAGCCAAGGAUGUCGUACGGAGUGGAAACUAAAAAAAAAUGAAGACAUUUUAUUUUAGUAAUAUAAAGCCUGGACUUUGAUUUCUAAAGCAAAUUAUAAUAUUAUAAAUGUUUUCAUGUCCGUUGUAGGAAUGUAAGAAUAUAAGUGCUUUUUACUUUAAGGUGCCUGAGUUUUAUUUCCAAGGUGGUCUGCAAAUGAACAAAUUAUAAUUGUUUUUAAGAUAUAUUUACACACAUUAUUUCUAAUCAUGAUCUUUAAUAAGUGUGGUUAAAUUAACUCUGUAAUGUUCUGUUCUUUAUUUUUAAAAGGGGUUAUUUUGAUUAUGUUGUAUUUCCUUUUUGGGUCCAUCAAUAUAUGUUGGUGACACAAAAUUACAUGCAAUAAUAAAAUUCGAAGUCAUCGUCUA